UCGCCCGCUGCCAACCUCACAGGCAGCAAGUGACGGAGUAGCGGCGAAGACAUGAAGGCGGCACCAUCUCUUCUGCUCGUGCUCGCCAUUGCGAGGCUGGCGCGCGGCGCCACUGAAGCCGCGGAGACCACGGAGGCCACGGAGGCCGCCCCGGUGGACGAGUGCGCGCGGCCGUGCCGCGAGGCGGACACGGGCCCCGUGUGCGCGGGGGACGUGGUCACCCCACCAGUCACCUUCGGCAGCAGCUGCCGCCUCCGCGAGUACAACUGCCGCCGCCACCGCAGUCUGGAGGUGAUCCAGAAGGGGCCGUGCGACGACGAAGAAGAGGAACAGUUCAUCUUCCCCAACAAGAUAGUCAACUCGCUGUCCGCCAAAGACAAGAAGACGUAACCAGCGCCGCACUUCCCUCGAAAGCGCCAGCCACGCUACUUGGGUGCGGCAACCAGGGUGACCCCGAGGAGAUGAAGUGUUCCUACUGCACGUGAGCCAACCGUCUAGCAGCGAAAAGAAAGUCAGGUUUCAUGAACUAAUGAAAAAAUUUUUGACGUAAACCGUAUGGACAUAUUUUUCCAACUGUAAUGAACUCAUUAUACAUAAGCUGAUAUUUGUAACAUAUUUCCCUAUCUGCAGAAAAACAAGCCACUAUGUACUUCUACUACAGAACAUUGUACAGUUGAUCUCAAGAGCUCUGAUUACUUUAACAUUCGUAUGGAUUAAAAACCAGCAUAAUUAAGUCGGAAAUGUUUUAUAAAAAAUGCCUCAAUAUUCAUUGUAAAUUAAACACACUAAUUUCCAAAGGAGAUGAUCAGAUGCUUCAACUAAAAUUGUUUUGUAAAAUGAAAAAAGCAAAUAAAUACUACUUCCAUUGAAAAAAAAA